AUGGCUACCAGAAAUAAGCCACUCACUGAAGACACUAAUCUUGAUAUUAAAAUUGAUGAAGAUACCGCAACAGAUGUUCCGGAAGAAUCACCGCCAUGGCACACUUUAAAAUACGUAAAGGUUUUUUUUCUUUCUGGUGUUUGGUUUUUAUCUACAUAUUAUAUGAUGAAAAGUAGCGAGGAUAAUGAUCACGAGAGACUAAUAGCGUUGCCUCCAAACAUUGAUUAUCAAUUUCCUUUAAAAAAAAAUAACAAAGAUUUAUAUGGAGUUGCUAUAGAGGCUCCAUUUGACAAGUUUCACAGUUAUAACAGUAGUAAGCCAUCUAUAAUUAUACAAGCAAAACGAUAUUAUUUUGAAUAUAAUCAUACUGUUCGUGAAAUGAAAAACUUGUCAGACGAAUGGAAUUUGAAUUUAGUACCUCAAGAACAAAGAGAUCAUGCCGAAUUAAUAUACAAAAAAAAAAUACUAGAAUUUGAGCCCGACCCAGAUAAGAUUGAUAUAAGAUGUGAAGAAUUUUUGCAAAUAAGAUCUACAAAUAUGGUUGAAGGUACAACUCUUCAUAUACGCUUAGAUGAUAAUCCUAUAGAUAGGAAACUUGGCAUUACUUGCGCUAUUAUAGUACUUAUUUUUCUUUAUGUAUUGAUAAUAUGGGAGAUCAUAAAUCAAAGUUUUGCAGCGAUACUUGCAUCAACAUUAGCACUUGGGAUUCUAGCAGGCAUACAUGAACGACCCAGUCUGAUGACUAUAAUGGGUUGGAUAGAUGUUGAGACAUUUUUGCUUCUCUUUAGUAUGAUGAUACUUGUAGCUGUGCUUACUGAAACAGGUAUUUUUGAUUAUUCCGCUGUGGUGGCCUUCAGAGUAUCUAAAGGAAAAGUUUGGCCUUUAAUAGCAACCUUAUGUUUUACUGCUGAAUGUAUGUCAGCACUUUUAGAUAACGUCACGCUUAUGCUUCUUUGUACGCCUGUAGUCAUAAGACUCUGUGAAGUCAAGUCUCUAGAUCCUGUUCCUUUACUGAUAUGUAUGAUAAUGUUUUCAAACGUUGGAGGCGUUGGUACUCCUGUCGGUGAUCCACCGAAUGUUAUUAUAUCAACUAACGCGUAUAUAGCUGCCAGAGAUGUGAACUUUUUUACUUUUACAAUGCAUAUGAUACCAGUGCUCUUAAUCGCCAGCAUACAAACUUACAUACAGUUACGUUUUAUCUACAGAGCUUAUGGUAAGUCGCCACCUAAUCUCAUACAAGAUGCAGCAGAGCUAUUGCAUGAUAUUAAGAUGUGGGCACAAGCUGCAAAACGCAUAAAUCCUAUAUCGUUUGAAGAAAAUUUAGUAAGUAAGGCUAUGGCUAACCGAGCUGGUGAUUUGAAGAAGAAACUAGAUUCUGGGCAAAGUCUUCUUAGGUCACAAGAAGCGAAAAACUUUGAAAAUACACUUAAAGAACUUAAAGAGCAAUAUCCAAUUCGAAAUAAGGUUUUACUGGUUAAGUCUACAAUAGUUUUUAUAUUUGUAAUUUCAUUAUUUUUUUUGCAUUCUAUACCGCACUUUCAUCAUCUUUCGUUGGGUUGGGCUUCAUUGCUUGGUGCUCUACUUCUACUUAUAAUUGCUGAUAAAAGAGAUAUGGAGGCAUUACUGGUACGUGUUGAGUGGUCCACAUUAUUAUUUUUUGCCUCAUUAAUCAUGCUAAUGGAAGCUUUAACAGAACUCGGAUUGAUAGCAACAAUUGGUGAGUUGGUGAUUAAAGCAAUACUUAUUGUCAGGCCGGAACAUCAGAUGGCAUUUGGACUUUUCAUUAUACUGUGGGUGACAGCUUUAGCAUCAGCAUUUUUAAAUAAUAUUCCUGUAGCCACGAUGAUGGUGAAAAUCAUAAUCGUAUUAUCUGAAGACUCGCAGUUGGAUAUUCCCGUGCAACCUAUGGUAUGGGCGGUAGUUAUGGGAGCCUGUUUCGGAGGAAAUGGUACAUUAAUUGGUGCAUCAGCAAAUGUGGUGGCAUCCGGAAUAGCAGAACAGCAUGGUUAUAAAUUUAAUUUUAUGACAUUCUUUCGUGUGGGUUUUGCAGUGAUGCUGGGAAAUCUAAUCAUAGCUACUUGUUAUCUUAUGAUUUCACAUAUCGUUUUUCAAUGGCAUUAA